UGUACUCAAAUAUAAUACUGUAAUCAUCUGUUGAAGCGACACCGUUUUACUUAGACGACAUUGAAAAAGCAGAUUACAAACAACCACCCACAAUACACAGGUGCCGAAAAAAUAAAAGAGAAGACAGGAAAUGAUUCCCUAACCGGUCUUCUUCUCUUCUUUUCGUUCCUCUCUCUCUCCCUCAAAGACAUCCAGAGCUCACUUACGAUUCAUCUGAAGCAGGGAUGAUGAGAUGGCGUCGGCUUGCUACUUUGAGAUUGGUUCGUUCCCAACAUUCACUUGAGAGAGGUACUCUGAGAAAUGAUUUCUUCCAAACCCCCUACGAGUUAUUCUGCCAACGAGGCUUCUCUGGUAGAAAUCUCUCUUAUAGAGAGAGAUUGAGAGGUGGUCUCGUUGGUAUCAAGAAGGAUGAUGCUGUGGCUCUGUUUCAGUCCAUGAUUCAGUCUCGUCCUCUUCCUACGGUCAUAGAUUUCAGUAGAUUGCUUAGUGGUAUUGCUAAAACAAAACAAUAUGAUCUCGUGUUGGAUCUCUGCAAGCAGAUGGAACUGCAAGGGAUUGCUUAUGAUCUCUACACUCUCAACAUUAUCAUCAAUUGCUUCUGUCGUCUCCAAAAACUCGGGUUUUCUUUUUCUGUUAUGGGAAAGAUGUUGAAACUUGGAUAUGAGCCUACCACAAUCACAUUCUCUACUUUGAUUAAUGGUUUAUGUCUCAAGGGUCUAGUUUCCCAAGCUGUGGAGUUAGUUGAUCGUAUGGUUGCAAUGAAGGUUGUUCCAAAUCUCAUCAUACUUAACACUCUUGUCAAUGGUCUUUCUCUCCAAGAUAGGCUCUCUGAAGCAAUGGCUUUGAUAGAUCGAAUGAUGGCUAAUGGAUGUCAACCCGAUCAGUUUACGUAUGGUCCGGUUAUGAACAGAAUGUGCAAGUCAGGGAACUCUAUCUUGGCCUUAGAUCUUCUCAGAAAGAUGGAAGAUAGAGAGGUCAAGCCUCACGUAGUCAUAUACAGUAUGAUUAUCCAUGGUCUUUGCAAAGAUGAGAGAGUCGAAGAUGCACUCAGACUUUUCAAUGAAAUGGAAACCAAAGGUAUCAAACCAAAUGUCUUUACCUACAACUCUCUGAUAGGAAGCUUCUGUAGUGUUGGCAGAUGGGAUGACGGCGCACAGUUGCUGAGGGAUAUGAUUACUAGUGAAAUCACACCAGACGUCAUCACUUUCAGUGCUUUGAUUGAUUGUUUUGUGAAAGAGGGAAAGCUUAACGAGGCUAAGGAAUUGUACAAUGAGAUGAUCACAAGAGGCAUUGAUCCUAAUAUCUUUACAUACAAUUCUUUGGUAUAUGGAUUGUGCAUGGAGAAGCGCUUAGAUGAAGCCAACCAGAUGAUGGACCUGAUGGUUAGCAAGGGAUGUUUUCCUGAUAUAGUAACGUUUAAUACCCUUAUAAACGGAUAUUGUAAGGCUAAACUGGUUGAUGAAGGAAAACCAAACGUGGCCAAGGAACUCUUCCAGGAGAUGGUCUAUACUGAUGUGCCACCCAGUUUUGUGACUUAUGGUAUUUUGCUGGAUGGGUUGUGUGACAAUGGAGAAGUAGAAGAGGCUUUGGGAAUACUUGAAAAAAUGCAUAAUAGUAAGAUGGAAAUUGAUAUUAGUAUAUAUAAUAUCAUCAUUCACGGAAUGUGCAAAGCUAGUAAGGUCGACGAUGCUUGGGAUUUAUUCUGCAGCCUACCUUUGAAAGGAGUGAAACCUGAUGUUAAGACAUUCACCGUAAUGAUUUCGGGGUUGUGUAAGAAAGGGUCACUGCCUGAAGCAUACAUCUUGCUAAGGAAAAUGGAGGAAGAUGGGAUUGCGCCAAAUGAUUGUACAUACAACACACUAAUCCGAGCUCAUCUCGAAAGCAGUGACAUAAUCAAUUCUGUUGAACUCAUCGAGGAGAUGAUGAGGUGUGGGUUCUCUACAGAUGCUUCCACCAUGAAGAUGGUUAUGGAUAUGUUAUCGGAUGGUAGAUUGGACAAAAGCUUUUUGGAUAUGCUUUCUUAGAAUGGUUGGAUCUUAUCUGCUAGAGACAAAGUCCCGAUUAAUAAUUUAUGAGGUAUUUGGGCUUAAUAGUAUAAAUAAGUUGGUUUCUUUGUUUGUUUACAUUUUAAACAGAUCUUGAUGUCUCUCCUUUCUAUAUCGCUUUCUUUCUGUUUUGUCGCUGGUUCAUUUUCAGUGUAUUAUGUGUCUCCAUGA